GCUUUGCGGUAUAUCUCAAGUCAACUACAACUACUUCCUGAUCGUGUAAAAAUGACUCAGACUCCAGUCUCUCUCUGCUGACACUUUCGGUUGUCUUGUGGCUACGCGACUCACGGAAACCCACAUCAGGCACCCCGACAUAUUGGAACUCCCAAUCACAUCAAUUGGCUGCAUAUGCUUGCACUGACGAGUGUGCACAAAGUGAUAAGUUGCUUUAUGAGCGGCGGUGCCUGUUGCUUGCCACGCUCGCCCUUGCCUAGAUAUUUCUCUUGUCUCUUCCUCUGACAGAACAAUCACCAUUGCCCAGACUGUUGUUCCACUGUGAUGAUCUCUGAUGGCAUCAGCGACACUGCGCGUAAAUGACGUCAUGCUCAGCCAAAUCGAAGGUCGGUCGCCCGUUUAAAAGAGAAUGGGUAUCCUUGGUAUCCUCUCCGCGCCGGACUCAGGCACUAUUCCGUCCGCGUGCCAGGCCAGAAAUCUCUGCUCGGUGCAACAUGACGUUUAAGCCGCCCACCGACGUCCAAGUAACUUGCCGCCAGAUCCCUCGGUGGCAGGGUCUUCCCAACACUUCCAUACAAUUCAAACCACUGAUCAUCUACCACAAGGCCUUUGACGCGACGGCUAGCGACCUCGCUGCUCAUUUCGAGGACAUAGGUGAGGUCACAUCGCAGUGGGUUUAUUCCAUGUACCGCCAAACGCACUUCCACAGCACCACCCACGAGGUGCUGGGAGUUGUUUCUGGCCGUGCGCGUCUCUGUUUCGGUGGAGAAGACAAUCCCGAGCGCUUUGAACCAACCGUCGAACGAGGGGACCUGAUUAUAGUCCCCGCCGGUGUGGGCCAUCGGCUCCUCGACGAGCUGGGCACAGACGAAGAAGAACCCUUCAAGAUGGUGGGUGCCUAUCCGCCUCAAAGACAGUGGGAUAUGUGCUACGGAGAUCCAUCUGAGACAGACAAAGUCUCAAAGAACAUUAGGCAAUUGGAUUGGUUCCAUGGGGAUCCCUUGUACGGCAAAGAUGGGCCGGUCCUGCACGUGUAAACUGAACCGGCGCAUGCACGUGGGCUCAUAAACUUAUGUACGGUACAUCUGUUACCCUUGACAAAUCAUAUAGCCGUAAUCCAUUUAUUAUAAGUAUCGAAGCCAGAGUCCCCGUACAGCACGCAACACUUGGACGCCUUCGUCUUACCAAUUGAGCAAAUGACCAGUUCAAAAGAUCUGCAAACACACCAAGGAGGAGAUAAUUUAGGGUAGAAGCA